AUGCAUCGUGGUUUCUGCCGACUCGACAAGGAGCCAUGUCGUGACAGUCAUCGAGUUAUGGGCAUGUGCAUGUGCGCGCGCAUAGCCCCCAGGAGACGCAUCAACAGCCAAGAAAAUAACUUGGACUCACCACAAUUAAUGACGGGGACGAUCCAGGAUCCAGCGUCGUCCUAUAAUUCGCCGGGUGGUAAUUUGUAUGGCGUGUUGUGCUAUAUCACUUCAUCAGUCAGUCAGCCUUGGCCGACAAGGAUUGUCACCAAAGAGCGACAGCCGCGGCGCAAGCAUGCGGGAUCCCGAAAGUCGGUCCAGCUAGCACCAAGCAUACAUACAUAUGUAUCCCGUAUUGACCCUCCCUAUAUCUUGGUCCUGCCGUUCAAAUUUGCAGCUUAA